AUGACAAGACGGUAUUGGAGCAUCAAUUUAGAAGAGAUGAUGGAGGCAGGGGUUCAUUUUGGCCAUGGUAUUAGGAAAUGGAAUCCUAAAAUGGCCCCCUAUAUCUCUGCAAAGCGUAAGGGUAUUCAUAUUAUAAAUCUUACUAGAACUGCUCGUUUUUUAUCAGAAGCUUGUGAUUUGGUUUUUGAGGCAGCAAGUCGAAGAAAACAAUUCUUAAUUGUUGGUACUAAAAAAAAAGCCGCCGAUUUAGUAGCAUGGGCUGCAAUAAGGUCCCGAUGUCAUUAUGUUAAUACAAAAUGGCUCGGCGGUAUGUUAACGAAUUGGUCCACUACAGAAACGAGACUUCAGAAGUUUAGGGACUUGAGAAUGGAACAAAAAACAGGGAUACUUAAUCGUCUUCCAAAAAGAGAUGCAGCUAUGCUAAAAAGACAAUUAUCUCAUUUGCAAAGAUAUCUCGGCGGGAUUAAAUAUAUGACACGGUUACCCGAUAUUGUAAUUAUCGUUGAUCAGCACGAAGAGUAUACGACGUUACGGGAAUGUAUUACUUUAGGAAUUCCAACAAUUUGUUUAAUCGAUACAAAUUGUGACCCCGAUUUAGCCGAUAUUUCGAUUCCCUCGAAUGAUGACGCUAUAGCUUCAAUCCGAUUAAUUCUUAACAAACUCGUGUUCGCGAUUUGUGAGGGUCGUUCUAGCUAUAUAAGAAACUCUUGA